AAGAACUAAGGGCCUAUGCCGGAGGAAGGAUUCGGAGGCUACAUAAGAAUAGGCAUGAGAUAGAAGAGUCGACAUAUGUAAAUAGAAAAUGAAAAAUAUGGAUAUACGAGAUAAUGUACAUAAUAUAGACUUACUACGACAUGGUUUUACAUUUCUAUAAACCACGCAUAAAUCAAUUUGAUCGAAUUAAAACGAAGUGAACGGCAUGACCUAUUAAACAACAUAAUGCACAAUACACAAAUUACACUUAACAUGUACGUGGGAGUAUGCGCGUUUGUUAUGUAGAACAAACGGUUUUAUAAUAAAAUGUGUUGAAUGCUAAUUAAAGAUGCGUGCUUUCGAAUCUCAUGGUUCAGGGCUAAAAUCCUGCAAAGAGAGCUUUUUUUUACAAGUCAUCUCAUCGUUUAUAGACCAUAGAGUGGCGACUUACCCGUUGGAAUUUUUAAAAAUAAGAAAUCUAUAUAGGCCUAGGCAUUUCUAAAGUCCAACCAGUCCGAUGCAUGUCCAUGAGAAUUGUGGCUAUUCAGCAAGCAAGUUUUGCAAGGAAGAACUUUGGGGAGCCCAUUUAAGAAUUGAAAAUUAUAAUUGGACUUAGCGCGUUUUCGGGCAGGUAAAAGGAUAUUAUUUCCGGUUUGUGUCCUCGUAAAUAUAUCGUCCUCGUCGUCGACGCGGGCACCGAUACGUCAGUUGGGCAUCGAACAUGCAGGCCUACCAUAUUACGUCCAUCAUCCAAUUUUAUACCAACACGGGAAGGGACAUGUCUGGAAGGUUUCAAUGGAAAAUGUGUGCGACAAUACUGGGAAAGACGGGAGAAGACGUAACGAGAACGUUAAACUUUGAACUGAAGCGUAUGUCACAUAUGACAGUACACAACAUGUCACAGUACACCAACGAUGAAAAGAAGUUCACAACACGGUUUCACGUACGCCCGGUGUUUUAGAAAAUCGAAAUGAAGUGGCAUUUUGACUGAUCAUCUGACUGUUGUGUCGCUUUAUUAUUCACAUUUGCAGACAUUAAUUUAUUAAUAAUAAACGUCUAAUGCUGAGUAUACCAUCACAUACAUUAUAAAUCGCAGCAUACAGACCAUAGCUUUAUAGGGCGAUACCAGUAGAAAUAUUGUAAAUGGCUUAAAUUAACACCACUGUUAAAAUUAUCUCUAUCACUUCGGUAUGCUGUAAUGGGAAACAGGCAGACGAAGACCAAUAUGAAGCCUACUCCGCCAGUCUCCACUCCAGUUGAAUGCCCAGAAGGUAACUGCGCACAAAGCAAGCCACUAUCUGUAGCAGGGGCCAUUGUAAUAGGAGCACUGUGCGGUGUUUGUGUUUUUCUCAUCUUUUGUUUGAUAGUAAUGGCUGUUUUACGUAAACGUCAAAGAGGUCAGCAACAGAGGGCAGGCUUUGUGCCAAGAAGACUUGCACGGCUUGUCAGUGUCCAUUCCAUCCGUCGCUCUUCAACCGAUCAUCGCAAUGCAGUUGCUAAUAGUGAAGCACCCCCGGAGUAUAAUCUCUGUGUAAAAAUUGAAACUGAACUGAAUUCUGAGAAAGAAGCAAAAUUGUUAUCGAAAAAUAAUGAGAAUAAUGUGAUUAAUCUUCAACAUGUUCCUGAAACCAUAGAAACAGAAACCAUAGAAACAGAAACAGUGCAUAAUUCAAACACAACAGGAACAACGCUUGAUCAGGAAACCGACAUUCAAAACAAUGAAAACAGGACUGAAAUUGAGGGAAAUCAUUCCACAAGUAUUCACGAUGAAGAACCGCCAUCCAGUCCUCCGCCAGAUUACAAUCAUGUUCAAAGGAACUCUUCAAACAGGAGAAACAAUGACAAACAGCAACCGGAAGUGGUAGAAACAGUGAAAUGAUAAAAAUAAUGAGAAGUUGAUGGAUACCAGGAAAACACAUAAUGCAAUUGGAUUUAAUGUCAACUGAGCUGCGCCUUAUUUUUGCAUGUAUAAAAAUACUAUGCCAUCGCAAGAUUUUUUACAAAUCAAAACUGAAAACAUAUUUAUAUCAAACUGAGAUAUUAUUUAAAUUGUAAUCAGUGAUAAUGUGCUAAACUUUAAUUGUUAGGUAUUUAAUUUAUCAAUUUGAUGGGUGCUCAUAUGUACUGUAUUUAUUAUUACUCUACUAAUUAUUUACUGGUUUCGAUUUAUUUAAUAUCACAAACAAAAGUAAAAACAAACAACAAAACCAAGAUGAUCAAAAGUUACAAUAUUUGGGAUGACCCUCUAAAUGCUAACACAGGAAUUAUUGCCAGAGGGUCCCAAUAUACCUAUAUCAAUAUGUAGCAAAGCCAAGCCAAACCAGUCACUAGUUGCAAAUCGUGUUUCAGAGAAAAUGGCCAAAACAUGCUGGAAAUUCAAUUUUUUUAAAAUCUAUUUAUUGUACUAAACUAACCUUUAUAUAUCUUUACAUUAUG